AUGGACGCAAUCAACCCAGAUCCAGAAAUCACGCCGAAACGGCGCAGGUAUCUUGCGAUAGAUGUCGGACUAAAUGACCGCUGUGAUAAUUGCGUCAGACUUGGGGUAUUGUGCACGUUUGCCAAUCCAGGCAGUUUGAAAGAGAGACCACCAACAGUCAAAGAGGCCGAGCAACUUGAAGCUCAUAUCAGAUCUUUGGAGCGUCUCCUCCACGCGGUGGACCCUACGCUUGACCUCAACAACUUACCAGAUCCUGAUACGCUCGUUUCGAAUGCAGAGAGAGCGCCUCAGCUUCCCAUCCAAUCCCUCGCCGUCCCAAAAUUUCAACCAGAAAUUCAGGCGGCUCAAACUGAUAUAGAGGAAGACUACUUUGAGUCCCAGCUAUCAGCUGUUCUCACGGGGAUGCAUGGUUUGAAAAUUGCAGCGAAGCCUCCUGUCACAGACAUUCAUUGGACUCAGUCAGAUAAGACUCAACCGAUGUCCAAAUUUAUUGGUCUCACAGUCUCCCCGGACCAAUACAUCGGCCCCAAUUCCGGGCUCAGCAUGGCCGAUCCAUCAUCGCUUGGGAUUCCCAGACUGCAUGUCUGGGAGUUUGGUGCCCUAUGCCCGGUGGACGAAUAUCUUCGCCUUCGAAAUGAUGAUUACAUUUCGGGCGCGAACUGCUUCUAUCCGGCGCCUGAUUUGGAGGAAGCUCUGAUCAAGCUUUACUUCGAGCAUUUCCACCCAUUCGUCCCGGUCAUACAUCCGACCAUGUUUCGUGGGCUUCAUAAGUCGGGACUCGUGGAGACCAAUUCCACCUUCAGAGCUCUCUGCCUGCUCAUGUUUUCCAUUGCUAGCAGAUGGUCAACUGACCCUAGGGUUCAGCUCGACUUGACCGGAAGGCCACAGUUGUCUCGUGAAUUUGUGGGACUGCGCUUUGCUCACGCUGGGCUUAUGAUUCUCUUUAGACCUGCCUACAAUCGCGCAACCCUUCUCCACUUGCAAGCUUUUGUCUUGUUGACAAUCGUCUCGCUAGGUGCGCACCAGCUCCCGAUCACCUGGAUUUUCAUUGAGCGGGGUAUGCUACUUGCACAAGAAUGCGGUGCCCAUCGUGAAGUGCACCAUCUUUGGAACGCCGAUCCUAUUCAGGAUUACCUACGGCGUCAGGCUUUCUUUUACUUAUGGGAAAUGGGUUACAGAACUAGCUAUUCGUUGGGUAGGGCGCCUCUCGUGGAAUAUGAUGACUUUGAUCUCCAACCAACUCAUGUUUCUCGUGGUGAUCCACUGGGCAUCUUUGUGAAUCCAUUUUCGAAUAUCAGUCCAGCCGUUCGUGAAGCACAUGUUGCAUUUGAUGCAGUCAGAGUAUUGCUGUUUCGACUCGGUUCGCUCAAGCAUAUGCUGCGCCUUCUACUCAAGAUGCAAGGUGAUACCAAGGCUCCCAGCGGAGCUGGAUCAAUCAAACCCUUGAAAUUGCUAGUCGACCAGCUCAAUCUGAAUGCGAUCAGAUGUUUGGAUAAGAUACCCCCGGCUUUCAAACGUGUCGACAUCGAAGGUCCUGCCGAAAUGUUGAUGUUUUCGGUGCGUGUCAUCACGUACUAUUCACAGUUUCAGAUGUUGAUACACCAAACGUUAUUCAACUACCAAGAUGAUAGCCCAGACCGCAAAGCGACGAGUCCCAAUCCGCAUAUCAAUACAUGUGCCGAGUUCGCGAUCUCGUCGAUUCAAGCGAUCAACAAGUUGCGGCUUCGGAAGAUGUUGACAGAGGGCUUUCAUUGGUUGCCGUUCGAACUCAUCGUCACUGUUGUCCGACUGGUAUGCUCCAUUCGCAAACAGAGAGCGUCGAUCAGUCCUCGGGAAAAUCAACUGAGGCGCGAUAAUAUCCUUUUGGCAAUCGCGAUUAUGGAUGAGAUGGCUCCUAGUGUUUACACUGCAGCAUCAUAUAGCAAAGUGGCAAAGAUCAUGUUUGGUUUACUAGACGAGGAGGAUUUCUCCUUGCUAGACUCUUUAAAGUCAUUGAGUGGAGGCCAGCAGCAAGAAAAUCAGGCUUUGAAUCAAUUGCCCUUGAGAGAUUCUCCUACGGUCACGACAGACGAGUGGAAGAAAGACUCUUCGGACCCAGUGGGAUUUUCUUCCGCCGGGUUCGAUGCUGCUGCUUUGAAUCUCUCGUUCUUCCCUGCCCUUCACCUUCCCUCUACCUACCUUCCUGCCCAGUCCACACCAAGCAAGGCGCAAAACCCCACUUUAGCUUAAUUGUUUUUUUUUGGCAAUAGCUCAAGGUGUUUGCCUCUUCAGUUGUAUCACCAGAACGAACAUCACCUUCACUUUGGGCUUUGCAAUCUUUCCUCUAUUUCACUUCCUGAUCCACAUCCCUUUUAUUUCCUAACUCCUACGUAUUUAGAUAUCUUCAUUUGAGCUUCUCUGUAUAUCCCGUGAGGAUUUGAUUUCAAUUUCAUAGAGCA